CUCUCUCAUCAGGGUUUUUGGUGCGUCUGACGCUGUCAGGCUGCCAUGGCUCUGGUUCAGGCCCUACCUGUGAGUGACCACCCUAAUCCAGGUCUUGAAGUCCAGCAGUGUGGACCGCUGUCUUCCCAUUCCCCCUCCGGCACCUGUUCCGGCUCCUGUGGACCUUGCGGUCCAGACACAGCCAUGGGUUCAGUCAGCAGUCUCAUAUCGGGUCGGACGUACCAGGAAAGGCACUGUAGGGCCGCCAGCGAAUUCGCCACCAAGCCACGACGCUCCACGCCAGCUACCAGUUGCUUCCGGCUCCAGGAUAACACCCUCCGCAGUGGGAGCUCCCUUGAACAACUGCUGGUCAUCAGCAACCAAACGCAGCCUCGGGCCCAGGUUUUGCCUCCACCACUGCCCACCAAGAAGCAGCCACGACCUGGAAACUCUGCCGGGGCGGGUGGGGGUGGAGCAGUUGAUGGAGCUGCAGGUUGCGGGACUAAUGGGAACUUUGGGUUUGUGAGUGAAGGGGUGGUUGGAGACUGGAAUGACAACCUGGUGCUCACAGCUGCCAGCCCCUGCAGUGACUCUGAGGAACAAAGGGACAACAGGACUCUGAAUGGCAACAUUGGCGGACCGCCUCCCAAGCUCAUCCCGGUGUCUGGACAGUUAGAGAAGAACAUGGAGAAAGUGUUAAUCCGGCCAACUGCGUUCAAGCCGGUCGUUCCCAAGAAUCGCCACUCUGUGCAGUACCUGUCACCAAGGCCAGGUGGCGGCAGUCUUUCCGAGAGCCAAGCCAGCCUAAAUCUCCUGCUGCCUCUUGGAGGGACCAACGGUGCGAGCGGCACAAAUGGCAACAUUGGAAGCGGCAAUCCCAGCUCUGAGGGGAAGCGUAACUCAUUCAGUGGAGGUCGCAAUGCCCGUAGCAGCCAGUCCUGCUCCAUGUCCGAUUCAGGGAGGAACUCCCUGUCCAGCCUCCCUACCCACAGCAGCACAGGUUACAGUUUGGCCCCGAGUGAGGGCUCCAGCUCAGGGUCCGGCUCCGGGGGCCACGUGGAGCCUGUGACAGGCCUCGGCCGCACCACCUCGGGUGGGAGCGGUAACCAUGGCCACAGUAAUUCAGACAGCGGGCGGUCGUCAUCCAGCAAGAGCACGGGCUCAGGGUCGUUGAGUGGGCGCGGGCAGCCCCUGUCAGACAGCGGGUCGUGUGGUCACUCGCCACCGCCCGUGGAGGGAUAUGAGGCAGUGGUGAGGGAGCUGGAGGAGAAGCUAAGGGAACGAGAUCUGGAGCUGCAGCAGCUCCGGGAAAACCUGGAUGAGAAUGAAGCGGCUAUCUGCCAGGUGUACGAGGAGAAGCAGCGUCGCUGUGAGAGAGAGAUGGAGGAGCUGAGACAGAACUGUGCUUCAAAGAUGAAGCAGGCCUCUCAGAAGGCCCAGAGAGCACAGCAAGUGCUGCAGUUACAGGUGUUUCAGCUACAGCAAGAAAAGAAGAAACUCCAGGAGGACCUCACCUCGCUGCUGCAGGACAGAGAAACACUGGAAAGGAGGUGUGCCACUAUCCAAAGGGAACAGACUCAGCUGGGCCCUCGUCUGGAGGAGACAAAGUGGGAGGUAUGUCAGAAGUCAGGGGAGAUCUCCCUCCUGAAGCAGCAGCUAAAAGAGAUCCAGUCUGAGCUCAGCCAGAAGGCAGGAGACAUUGUCGUGUUGAAGGCCCAGCUGAGGGAAGCUCGUUCCGAGCUUCAAGCGAGCCAGGUUCGAGCCCAGGAGGCCCAGACUGCCCUCCGUACGAGGUCGCUGGAGCUGGAAGUCUGUGAGAAUGAACUCCAGAGGCGCAAGAGCGAAGCCGAGCUGCUCCGGGAGAAAGUGUGCCGAUUGGAGGAGGAGUCAGCCCGGCUCCAUGACUCCAUGUCCAAUCACAGCGGACCCCCGCUACCUGGAAACGCAACCAUGAAGGGCCACUGCAUGAGCCUGUCACACCAACAGGGCCGAGGUGUGGGAGGAAGGGGGGGUCCCAGUCCUGCAAUGUACCGCGAUGUAGACGACAGUCACCUGGUUUGGGGAGGAGAGAGCGACGAGGCAAAGGCACAAAGGCAGAAUGCAGAAACACUGCUGGGACUCAGACAGCAGGUUGACAGACUGAAAACUGAGCUCAUGUACGAGAGGAGGACGAGUGAGGAGCAGCUGUCACGGUUUGAAGACGAGAGGAGAGUAUGGCAUGAGGAGAAGGAAAAAGUAAUUCGCUACCAAAAGCAGCUGCAGCAGAACUACAUCCAGAUGUACCGUCGCAACCGUGACCUGGAGCGAGUGAUGAGGGAGCUGAGUCUGGAGCUGGAGAACAGGGAUAUGGAGGAUUACGAGGUUCGCAGUGGCAGCAAUGACAUCCACUUUGAAGAAAUCACUGCCACCGAGAUCUGAACACACACACGUUGACAGGAAAAGUGUGCACAGUAACAUGGAAACACAACUCACUCAAGUCCCCGAAGAAGCAAACCAAACAGUGAACUCUGGGCCAAAUACUGCACUUAUCUUCAAGGUGGCGUUACCUGGAAGAAACUCACACCGCAUGUCACUGUCACAGGGGACAUUUCUCUCAAAGGUGCACUUUCAACUUCCUGCUAACAGAGACUUUAUCCAUUAUGAGUCCUAAUAAAGUGUCUCCUACAAUGCUUUUAAUAAGUUUUAUAUCACUACAAAGCCAGCACAAAGACUCAUUUUGUUUGGGGAAACUGAAAGCAGUGAAUUAAGAACGUCCUUUGUCAGACCACUUUCAAAUCAGGGUAAUGCAAAAAAAAACUAAAGAAAUUAAUAAAUGUAGCGCUAUCUGGUCAAAGAGCAGUCACAAGCUCCACUGGCCACCAGCAUGCGAGUGACCACAGCUCACUAAAUUCCAUUCAUGAUCACCCAUCCAAAUUGUGCUCAUUUUCUCAAAUUAUUAUCAGUGCUUUUCGUACCUUGUGGGCUUCAUGAUAUCACCUACUCACUACACAAACUAUGAAAAAGGGUUUUGUUGUUUUGGAGGCAUUGUCUCAAUGGUGUGUAUUUGAUAAAGAAUGUCCAUCGCGUCAGAAAGACACAGUCUCAAAAGUUAACAGUUAAUCAGUUUACUGUGGGCAACAUGGCACUGUUUUAUACAACUUUCUUACCCUGUUUUGUUUGGAAUACAAAUGCUCAUGCAACAAAAAUAAUCCAAUAAGAAACUAAUCAAAUUUUAUAUAUCAGCUCUUGGUUUGUUUAUAUGCGCAAAUCCUAUUCUGUUACUUCCUAAACAAUGGGAACACAAAUAUGAAACCUUCCUUGGAAAUGCCUCAUUUGAACUCUGGUCAAGUUUGCUAAACCACCAACAGUCCUGUUGCAGCACUCGACAGAUGUAAGCUUUUUCAGACAAUGCUGCGAGUGUAGCAGGACAGACAUCCCUAGGAUGCUGCUGAUUCCUCUCUUUCUUUGUCUUUUUGGUAUAUUUUCUCUCGGUUUUUCCCCCUCCAACCUGCUUUUAUAAGAACAUCUCAACAGUAGGUAUGAUGAAACUAAAAAUGAAGCGUAUCCACAGCAUUGCAGUCUGGUUGUGAUGUCACAGAGAUUUAUGGCAUGCCUGUUUAGAGUUUAAUGUUUCUUCCCUGUCAAUCCCGAUAGUGCCCUUUAUGUAGCAACUGGCAACCCAAAGCCAAAUGACACUUUGAGUAUUCCUACUUCCUGCUAGACUCUGUUAGAAUGACUGUCUGCUCUACAGGUAAUGAGUGUGGCAUGUCUGCAUGUCUUUAUUGUACGAGAUUCCAAAAGAAACUGGCUCAGGUGAGGGGAGAGUCUGCAGAGGCUUCAGCCGGGAAUAUGCACCGAGCAGUCACCGUUUGGGGAGUGAGUAAACCUCCAAAGCUGUGGGCUUCUUUCCUCUCUUUUCUCAUAGUAAAUGCAGGGUUGUGACGCUGAGUAUGGAAUUAGAGAGCGGCUGAGAACUUUAUUUUGCAAAGAGUCUUUAUUGAGGAAUAAUAGUUACAUGGAAAUCUAUAUAAUGGAGAUGUUGUAUAUUUUUCUAUAUAUGCAUAUAAAUAUGAAAAUAUAUAUUUCACAUCUGAAGACAUUUAGUUGUAGUGCUGGUUUAAGUGAGAGUUCAUGUGUAUCAGCUGCCAAUAUUUCAACUGAUGGAUCAAUAAAAAAAUGGAGGCAUCAGCAUAGAAAACGUGCACCUAAUACUUUAAUGCAUGACAAGUUAAUGUUUACAUUAUUUAGUCUGUGUGGGAAACAGUGCAUUCUAUUGAUCAGACCCAUUGAAAACCGGGUGAUAAUUGAUAGAUGAUUCAGCUCAUUUUAGGUCUGUUGUCUCUCCAUUUUGAUUGAUCUUUCACUUGAUUUUCAGUAUGACAAGAUCCCAGACAGUCAUUUCUUUUAUUUUUGGGGUUUAAUCAUUUCCUUCAUUUUUAAGUGCAAGUGAUUUAUGUCUUUUUGACAAAUGCUAUCUCUUUCAGAGUCAGACUUGAAUGAGCCAAAAGCAUUUGUUUUCUUGUGCUUGGAAAUUCAGGCUAACUUCACUGAUAUGUUUGACCAGGCUAUUUGUUGCAUGACGAUACCAUAUGCAAAAUGGUACAAAACACAUUAUUGAGUAUUAAAAGCCUUGACUAUGAAUAGACUCAUAUGGUUAUGGCGUGGGAAGUGGCCAAGUUUUGUUUGUCCAGACCGUUCACUCUGAUCAGACAUGGACUGUUACUCAUCACAAAUCCACCUAAACAACAAGCAGAGGUGAUGCUACACAAAGUGACUCACAUGCUGAAAAGUUUUCCAUUUCUUCCUCAUUACUUAGUUCUUCAAUGUUACUUUUCCUGUGUAAAUAUGUAAAACACUAAAUAGUAUAACAAAGUCACAUUGUCUUUUAUUUAGUCAAAUUAUCUAUUUCAGAUGUAGCCACUGUGACUAGACCAAAGCAACGUAAUACAAUUCUUUCUAUUUUCUUUGUGCUGUUCUUUUAUUUUUCAUCCUCUUGUGGGCUUGUUUGCUAUCACUGUGUUUUCAUUAAGUCAGAAAGUAUGUAGCUGUCCAUGUAUAUUUUUCUGUGUACAUUUCUUGUACAAAUGACUGUUUUUAAUUAAAGAGCAAGUUGUCACACCUGAACAUGUCUGCUGUCAUUGUUACUUCCUAACUGGAAAAUAACAGGAUUAAAAAGUGUGCUGAAUGUGCAUUUUGGGUUUUGAAGUCAUCUUUUUCUUUUUUGCAG